UGCUGUACGGCUGCUGUGCGGCCGUCGGCUUCCGGUGGGGCCUGGCGAUGGCGUCCGGGUUUGAGAGCGAGCGGAGCCUGGCGGCGCGCAAGGAGGAGCGGCAGCGGCAGCGGGAAGCGCUGCUGGCGCAGGCCAAAAUUAGUUAUGAAAAGGAGCAGAGGCACAAGCUGCUAAAGCAUCUACGAGGUGAAGAUACGUGGAUGCUUGCUGAUGUGAACGAACGUGUGGAGCAACUGGAAAAGGAACAUUCUGUGCAUAAAAAAAAGAAAAAGGAUAAGCAUUCAAAAAAAGCUAAGAAAGAAAAGAAGAAAAAUAGGAAAGAAAAAUCUGAAAAGAAGGAUGACUUACUUGAUAGUUCUUCGGAUUCUUCAGUUGAAUGGGUUGAGUCAAAUGUGUCACAGUCAGAUAACACAGAAAAGGCUUGGAAGGUCAACAAGCAAUCAGAUGCUGUGAAAGAACCCUCCCUGCAGAGAGAAGAAUGGAUGAAUUUAGACUUCAUGUCAUUGAAAACCACGUCAGUAGCAGCUGUCAAAGGUGAAAGACACAAAGAAAAAAUACUGGAACGACAGAAAGCUCAAGAAAUUGAGCAGGCCAUGCUGUCUGAGAGAGAACUCAAUCCCUAUUGGAAAGACGGUGGUACAGGUUUGCCACCAGAAAACGAUGAAGCAGCUUCAGUUAAGAAAGUUACAGUGGUAGAAGAUGCUGGAUUAAGUUGGUUACGAAAAUCAUACCAAAGGAUGAAGGAGCAGGCUGAGAGAGAGAAACGAAAUUUUGAGGAAAUUGUAGCUGAGAGAUAUGGGUCAAUGGAGGUAUUUCAGUCACGAUUAGAAGAAGCUGAAAAAGUUGCAUCCAGAAAGGAAAAUGAUUAUAGAAGUGGAAGAUGGAAGAAAAAUGACUAUUCAGAAAGUGAGAAAGAGAAGAAAGAACGGGAUGUGAAAAAGGAGACACGAGAUGAACAUGAUAGAAACAGAAGCAUGUUUGGGGGCUAUACUAGGGAGAAGUACAGCAAAGGAUGGGCGCAAGAAGACAAAGGUUACAAACCAGAUAUGUCAAGAGAAGACCAAGAAUGUGGACACAGUAGCACGGAUUCAGUAUUGAGAGGCUACAGCUCCAAAGCAGAAAAACACUCCGAUGAAAAACGAACUCAGGAAAAGAGUUCAUCUCUAAGCAACAUGAAACACAAAUUUCUGAAACCCUCUGAAGAUGAUGUAUCAUCUUAUAGUUCAUCUAGAGACUACAAUUCACGACAGUCCUCUUCCAAACUGUCAGCUCAUAGCUCUUUGAGCAGCCGUUUCCAAAAACCUAGUGAGGAUACUGCACUGUGGACCAAAACACACACAAAAGAUAACAAUGAGAAAUCAACAUCUGAUCAGAAAUUAUCAGGUACAGGGGAACAAAUUGAUGACAAUAGUUGGGAAAGAGCUCCAAGUGAUGAAAAGGAGAGGUCACAACAGGAGUACCCAAGUGAUAUCCCUGAGAAGAAACAAACGUUAUUUGACAAUAAAACAUCGUGUUCUAGACAUACCGCAAAGGAUGAGCCGCCUCGGGUCCUUAGUGAAGAGGAGAUGAACAGACUGGGAGCGAGGAUUGUGAAGGCAGAACUCAUGGGAGACAUGGAGUUAGCUUCAAAACUUCAAGCAGAACUUGAGAACGCACGCAAAUUGAGGGAGACUCAAGGGCAGAUUCCAGCGAAGUCUGGCAGAGAGGCUUCAAGCCGUCAAGAAGAUGAACAAGUGGUCCUUGUCAGAACAGAUCAAAGUGGAAGGGCAUGGCCUGUGACCGCACCAACUGAACCACAGGAGCCAAAAGGAGGACGGAGAAAGCGACAGAUGAUCCCUACUCAUGUAGAUAAAGAAAGAGUAAGGUAUUUUCAGGAUGAUGAUAGUAUGAACCUGAAGGAUUUGGUCAAAAAUGAGAAGAUGAGAACAGCAGAGGAUCAAAACUCACUGUUCAUGCGUAUGGCGUCAAAGUUUAUGGAAAAAACUGACAGAGAGUACUACACUCUGGAUGACAUGUUUGUUUCCAAAGCAGCCAAAAGAGCGCGCAGUGGGGAAGAGGAAGAAAUACAAAGAAGAAAAGCAAUACGUGAGCACCAGCAGCUUGCUGCACGCAUGGAAAAGUGCCCAUACUGCUUUGAUAGCAGUGAACUUUCUAAACAUCUUAUUAUUGCAAUUGGCACCAAGGUAUACUUGUCUCUACCAAGCUACCAGUCCCUUACUGAAGGUCACUGCCUGAUAGCCCCUCUACAGCACCACACUGCAGCCACUCUUUUGGAUGAAGAGAUCUGGGAAGAAAUCCAGAUGUUCCGAAAUGCAUUGGUGAAAAUGUUUGAAGCUAAAGACUUGGACUGUGUGUUCCUAGAAACAAACAUGAGUAUGAAGAAAAGGUAUCACAUGGUAUACGAAUGCAUUCCUCUUCCAAAAGAAGUAGGAGAUAUGGCUCCAAUCUACUUUAAGAAAGCUAUAAUGGAGUCUGAUGAAGAGUGGUCCGUGAACAAGAAGUUAAUUGAUCUUUCUUCAAAAGAUGUUCGGAAAUCUGUUCCUAAAGGAUUACCAUACUUUUCUGUGGACUUUGGCCUUCAAGGAGGAUUUGCUCAUAUCAUUGAAGAUCAACACAAGUUCCCUCAUUACUUUGGAAAGGAAAUCAUUGGUGGCAUGCUGGACUUGGAACCGCGGCUCUGGAGAAAAGGAAUCAGGCAGAAUUUUGAGGAUCAGAGGAAGAAGGUGCUGCAGUUUGCACAGUGGUGGAAGCCAUAUGACUUUACCAAAAAGAAAGAAUGAGUACAUCCCUGCAGUCAAGGACCAUAUAAGCCAUAAAUUACAUUAAAGGAUAUUUCAUACGUUAAGAAUAACACCAACGUGUUAAGUAUUGCUAAUAUAUUUUAAAACCAAGGAUAUUGUUUAAUUGCUCGUUACCUGUUUCUGGUUUAGAUGCUGUGGGUCGCAUGAACCUGAAAGCCUGACAGACCAGAAGUGUACAGUGUUUUUAGUUUUUAAUUUUUCAGCUGAGCCAAAAGAAUAAUACCCAUGUCCCUGUUGGUAUUCUUCAAAAUAAAUGUUCUGCUUUUGGAGUUUUUGAUAAUCUUUGAGGCAACUGAUAAUUUCUUUAUUUAUGUAGCAUAACGGUGCUUAGUUAUCACAGUGACUUUUUGUAGAAAAUGGUGUAAAUUUUAAGAAUGUUUUGAUUAACACAAAUACAUUGUUGCAAAAAGACACUGUACAGAAAAUUAUUUUCUGAUUUUGAAUCUCUUUGUUCUUUAAGUUGAGGUCAUUGCAGUAAUACAAAUGCUCAGGUAUGGUGUGACUGAUAAACUUGCUGCUGCCCCCUUGCGCAAGAAUUUUCUGUACUUUCUUUCCAUAUGAAGUAGUAUUUUCAAGCUGACCUGGUGCACAAAGGAUGAUGAGACAUUUUGGUGGCAAAUGACAACUUUAAUGGUAGCAGUUACUUACGAUGACAAUAAAAAACCAAAAAAGAAAUAGAGAGGAGCGGUGAAGAACCUUAAGGAAAAACACUCUCCAAUGGCCAGAGAAGAAACAAAUCGCCACAGAGAUCUCCCCAGGUGACUCUUCUCCCCGGCAUCCCCGCUGGUGUGGCAGGCAGUCCACUAUAACACUGUUCUAAUAUUAACUACAGAGUUUUUGUUGAGACCUGCUCAAACUCCCUGCCAGUUGUUCCCGCUUGCGAUGCUGUUCGCGCUGAUUGGAGCACGCUGUGAUCAGGGGUGAGAGUUGCCCGUUAAUUGAUUGUUCAGCUUUGUGUAUGGAUGUCACUGGGAAAUGCCUGACUGCUAUUUAAAGGACUACUGUCUGCUGGGUUAUUCACUAGGUUUUGUUUUUUCUUUUGUGUAAAGGUUACAAAAUGAGGAAGCGUGAGGGGGGAAAAAAGGGUGAUUCUCUCACCAGGGUCAAUCACUUUCUGUGGGAAACCUGACAUAGCAGGCUUGGGCUUUGCGGGUGCGGAGCUGGGGGCACAGGGCAAGGACAGAGGGUCAAGGAUGGAAACAUUGCCACAGCGUCCUCCCAGUGGUUAAGGGAAAGGGUGCAAACUUGCAAACAGAAGACUGCAGCGCUACAGGGAAAGGCUGGGAGUGGCAAGCGGAGGCCCUUAGCACAGCAGAGGUUAAGGCAUCAUGCAAGUGUCUCAACGUCCUUCCUGCUCUUUUCCUCCUGAACCGUUGCCCUGUACAGCUCUGCUACCUGUUGUGAACUGCUCAGAUUAAGAAAAGGAUCACUAAAUAUUACAGGGUUGAGUAAGUGUUCAUUUUGAGUCCCUU